UCGUCCCUUCCAGAGACAGCAGGAGCAGGAUGUCCUUCCAGGGCAAGAAGAGCAUCCCUCGGAUCACGAGCGACCGCCUUCUGAUCAAAGGUGGGAAGAUUGUGAAUGAGGACCAGUCCUUUUAUGCCGAUCUGUAUGUGGAAGACGGUUUGAUUAAACAAAUUGGAGAAAACCUCAUCGUCCCCGGGGGCAUCAGAACCAUCGAUGCCCAUGGCCUGCUGGUCCUUCCUGGUGGAGUCGACGUCCACACCAGGCUGCAGAUGCCCGUGCUAGGCAUGUCUCCUGCUGAUGACUUCUGCCAGGGCACCAAGGCAGCCCUGGCAGGAGGGACCACCAUGAUCUUGGACCACGUGUUUCCCGACGCGGGGGUGAGCCUGCUGGCAGCCUACGAGCAGUGGCGGGAACGAGCAGACCGUGCAGCCUGCUGUGACUACUCCCUGCACGUGGACAUUCCCCGCUGGCACGAGAGCAUUAAGGAAGAGCUGGAGGCCUUGGUCAAGGACAAGGGUGUGAACUCCUUCCUGGUGUUCAUGGCGUACAAGGACAGGUAUCAGUGUACUGAUGGCCAGAUGUAUGAGAUCUUCAGCAUCAUCCGGGACCUGGGAGCUGUGGCCCAGGUGCAUGCAGAGAAUGGCGACAUCGUGGAGGAGGAGCAGAAGCGGCUGCUGGAGCAAGGCAUCACCGGCCCCGAAGGUCACGUGCUUAGUCACCCUGAGGAGGUAGAGGCUGAGGCUGUGUACCGAGCUGUCACUGUUGCCAAGCAAGCCAACUGCCCACUGUACAUCACCAAGGUGAUGAGCAAGGGUGCAGCUGACGUGGUUGCCCAGGCCAAGCGCAAGGGGGUGGUUGUGUUUGGGGAGCCUAUCACUGCCAGCCUGGGCACUGACGGCUCCCACUACUGGAGCAAGAACUGGGCCAAGGCUGCAGCCUUCGUCACCUCACCCCCCAUCAACCCGGACCCCACCACUGCAGACCACCUCACCUCCCUGCUGUCCAGUGGGGACCUCCAGGUGACCGGCAGUGCACACUGCACCUUCACCACUGCCCAGAAGGCCGUUGGCAAAGAUAACUUCACGCUGAUCCCUGAAGGCACCAAUGGCAUCGAGGAACGUAUGUCUGUAGUCUGGGAGAAGUGUGUGGCCUCAGGGAAAAUGGAUGAGAAUGAGUUUGUCGCAGUAACCAGUACAAAUGCUGCCAAAAUCUUUAAUUUCUACCCGAGGAAGGGCCGUGUGGCAGUGGGUUCUGAUGCCGACCUUGUUAUCUGGAACCCCAGGGCCACCAAGGUCAUCUCUGCCAAGAAUCACAACCUGAAUGUGGAGUACAACAUCUUUGAAGGUGUUGAGUGCCGAGGAGCCCCCUCGGUGGUCAUCAGUCAGGGCAGAGUCGUGCUGGAGGACGGAAACCUGUUCGUCACCCCUGGAGCUGGCCGUUUCAUUCCCCGGAAGACAUUCCCGGACUUUGUGUACAAGAGGAUAAAGGCCCGCAACAGGCUGGCAGAGAUCCAUGGUGUGCCCCGAGGCCUGUAUGAUGGGCCAGUACACGAGGUGAUGGUGCCCGCCAAGCCGGGAAGUGGCACGCAGGCUCGCGCAUCAUGCCCUGGCAAGAUCUCAGUGCCACCCGUGCGUAACCUGCACCAGUCAGGGUUCAGCCUGUCUGGGUCUCAGGCUGACGAUCACAUUGCCAGACGCACGGCUCAGAAGAUCAUGGCACCCCCCGGUGGACGCUCCAACAUCACCUCUCUUUCCUAG